UAACCCUCUUUGUCCAAAAUUAGGGUUUUCGAUUCGUCGGAGCCAACACGAGCAGCAGCGGCGACAACAGCAGUUCGACAUCAGGGAGUUCACGAUGGCGAGGAUUAAGGUUCACGAGCUCAGGGACAAGUCGAAGACGGAUCUGCUAAAUCAGCUUAAGGAUCUCAAGGCGGAGCUCGCGCUCCUCCGUGUCGCCAAAGUUACUGGCGGUGCUCCGAACAAGCUCUCCAAAAUCAAGGUGGUGAGGAAAUCCAUUGCACAGGUGCUGACUGUGAUAUCUCAGAAGCAAAAAUCUGCCCUGAGAGAAGCGUACAAGAACAAGAAGUAUCUGCCUCUCGAUCUUCGUCCCAAGAAAACCCGUGCUAUCAGGAGACGCCUCACCAAACACCAGAAAUCACUGAAGACGGAGCGAGAGAAGAAAAGAGAUAUGUACUUUCCCGUGAGGAAGUACGCAAUCAAGGUGUAAAAUCCACUUCGGCGGCUCUGUUUCAUUUGUGAACAAAUGAUCGUCACCAGCUCUGGUUUAGUUUCUCUUUAUCAGUUUUGUUUUGGAAACCACCGUGUACUCGUUUAUCUUUCGAUGCCAUUGGAACUUCAAAUCAUUUUGUCCUCGACGACCCAAAACUGCUUCGGUUCUUGUUAGGAUGAACCAACUCAUUAUUGUAACUUUUAGUGUCCGUUGCACAUGUUGAAUUUAUUA